AUUAAAACGGAUCGAAGUGUCACUGUCACCAGCAACUCUAUUUCCCAGGAGGACCGGGGUGUGAAGCUACACAAACAGACCUUUGCUCAAGGCUCAGAGUCAACACCAAUUGAGGGAUGGGUGUGCUUUGAAAUGUGUUGGUGUGAUGGUGUCAGAUUGAGCCCCGGGAUGUGAGUGGACCAGUAAACAUGACCCUGUUGGCGGGCGAUGGCUCCGACUACGACUAUAGUGCCCUGAGCUGCGCCUCCGAUUCCUCCUUCAACUGCCCUCCCCUUCACGAGGAGGAGGCCAUAAAGGGAGCUUUCUACAAGAGGGCGCAGAAAGCCCCUGACCUCGGCUCCAUCCACGAGGAAACUCUCCUGUCCAGCGCCCGAAAGCUCUACGCCAUCAUCAAUGUGGGAGGCCUUCGCUACCAGCUGCCCUGGACCACGCUGGAGGACUUCCCCCUGUCCCGCCUGGGCCAGCUCCACCUCUGCAGCAGCUUCGACGAGAUCAUGUGCAUCUGUGACGACUACGACGUCACGCACAAUGAGUUCUUCUUCGACCGCAACCCCUGUGCCUUCAGGACCAUCCUGACCUUCCUGCGAGCCGGGAAGCUGCGUUCCCUCAGGGAGAUGUGCGCCCUUUCCUUCAGGGAGGAGCUGCUGUACUGGGGGGUUCCUGAGGAGAGCCUGGAGUGGUGCUGCAGGAGGCGUCUGCUGCAGCGAGUGGAAGAGGUGGAGGCCAUGGAGAGGGCGGAGGAGGAGGAGGAGCUCCUGGAGGACAUGAUGGAGACGGACAGUGGACACAGGGAGCAUGCAGCAGAGACCAGAGUCAACAGGUGCAUGAGCCAACUCAGAGACAUGGUGGAGAGGCCUCACUCAGGCCUGCCGGGGAAGAUCUUCGCCUGUUUGUCCGUUCUGUUUGUCACCAUCACUGCCGUCAACCUGUCCAUCAGCACCAUGCCCGCCAUGAGGGAAGAGGAGGAGGCGGGAAAAUGUUCCCAGAUGUGCUACAACAUCUUCAUCGUGGAGACGGUGUGCGUGGCCUGGUUCUCGCUGGAGUUCACCUUGCGCUUCAUCCAGGACCGCAGCAAGCUGGCGUUCCUCCGGCACCCCCUGAACCUGAUCGACGUGGUGGCCAUCCUGCCCUACUACAUCACCCUGGUGGUGGACAGCACCUCCAAAGGGGAGAAGAAGCUGGGCUCUGGGAACAGCUACCUGGACAAAGUGGGCUUGGUGCUGCGCGUCCUGAGGGCGCUGCGCAUCCUGUACGUGAUGCGGCUGGCGCGCCACUCUCUGGGCCUGCAGACUCUGGGGCUGACGGCCCGGCGCUGCACCCGGGAGUUUGGACUGCUGCUGCUCUUCCUGUGUGUGGCCAUCGCACUGUACUCCCCCUUACUGUACUUGAUUGAGAAUGAAAUGGCCACAACGCAGGAGUUCACCAGCAUCCCUGCGACCUACUGGUGGGCCGUCAUCACCAUGACCACAGUGGGAUACGGGGACAUGGUGCCACGGAGCAUCCCGGGACAGGUGGUGGCUCUGAGCAGCAUCCUGAGCGGGAUCCUCCUCAUGGCGUUCCCCGUCACCUCCAUCUUCCACACCUUCUCCAGGUCCUACGUGGAGCUGAAGCAGGAGCAGCAGAGGGUUCUGCAGCGGAGGACUCACUUCCUGCUGAGGGGCCGCAUGGCCGGCCUCAGCAGCAACCUCUCCUUAGAGAAUGACAUGACCUUUCCUAUAAGGUCGUCUGACAGGCACGACUGA